AUGGAGAACCUCCCAUUUCUCCUGUUAUUUUGUGCAGCACUUUCUUGUGCUUUUCCUGCAGAUACAAGGCAGAAGAAAGAAGAAGGCAUGCAGCUUAUCCAGGUGAGGAAGUACCUGGAAAAUUAUUAUGGCUUUAAGAAAGAUGAGGAAUAUUUCAUUUGGAAAAGUAAUAGUCCAAUGACACCAAAAUUAAAAGAAAUGCAGGAAUUCUUUGGACUCGAGGUGAUGGGGAAACUGGAUUCUGGCACUUUGGCCCUGGUACAGAAACAUCACUGUGGAUUCCCUGACGUAGCUGGGUUCUCCACCUUUGCAGGAGAGCCAAAAUGGGCAAAACAAGUUCUGACAUAUAGGGUAUUAAACUACACACCAGACCUGCGUCCAGCAGAUGUCAAUGCAGCGAUCAAGAAAGCGUUUGUUUGGAGCAGUGCGACCCCACUGAAAUUCAUCAAGAAGGACAGAGGUGAUGCAGACAUAAUGAUCUCCUUUGCAGCCAGAGGUCACAAUGACUUCAUUCCCUUUGAUGGCCCAGGAGGGUCCGUUACUCAUGCCUACGCACCUGGCAAGGACUUUGGCGGAGACACUCACUUCAAUGAGGACGAAACCUGGACCAAAAGCACAGAGGGUACAAACCUGUUUUAUGUUGCUGCUCAUGAGUUUGGCCAUUCACUGGGACUUUUCCAUUCCAAAGACCCCAAUGCUCUGAUGUACCCAGUUUAUAGGAAAUUUGACCCUUCAGUAUUCCCUCUUCAUCAGGAUUAUAUUAAUGGCAUUCAGUGCCUCUAUGGACCAUCUUCUAACACCCACAAUGACCAAAGGGAAUCUACUGAGAUAAAAGACACAACUGAGUCAAAAGAUCCUGCACUGCCAAACGCCUGUGGCCCCGAUUUAACUUUUGAUGCUGUCACCACUUUCUGUGGAGAAAUAAUGUUCUUUAAAGACAAGCAUUUUUGGCGCAAGCAUCCUGCAGUCCGAACAGCUGAUUUUAAUUUAAUAUCUUCAUUCUGGCCACGGCUGCCACCUGGUGUUGAUGCUGCAUACGAAAUUCCUGAAAAAGACAAAACUGUCUUUUUUAAAGGGAAUGAAUUCUGGGUUGUGAGAGGAGAUACCAUACUUCCUGGAUACCCCCAAAAAGACUACACCCUGGGCUUUUCAAAAGAUGUUACCAAAAUUAAUGCUGCUUUUUAUAAUUGAAAUGAGGGGAAAACAUAUUACUUCAUAGCAGACAAAUUUUGGAGUCAUGAUAAAAGAAGUCAGUCUAUGGACAGGAAGCCCAUACUGAUAAGAAAUACAUUUCCAGGAAUGAAUGGAAAGAUCAAUGCUGUUUUUCAACAUGAAAACUUCUUUUAUUUCUUCCAUGGAAGAAAGCAAUUUGAGUUUGACCCUGAUAAGAAGAGAGCUACAUGCCUCCUAAAGACAAACUUCUGGUUCCCAUGUUAA